AAACUGAACUUUGUUGCUAUAUCGUGCUUAAUUUUAUGAUGUCUGAUAAGGAUUCUUUAUUGCAAAAGACACUUGCUAUCAACAAUUUAUCAAACGAUCAUCAUAAUGUACAAUAUUUAGAAGAUGGUACAAUUGAAGUCACUGAUACAUUAUCAAAAGAAGAAUAUUACAAAAGUUUACGCCGUCGUUGUGCUACAAACAAUAGUCAAAAUAUAAAACAAUCUGGAUUAUCUAGUCAGCUGAGUCUAGAAACUUCUCAAUGUGGUACAUUACGUUCUGGACUUGGUAAGCGUAAAGGUAUACUGAAUGAUUUUAAACCGUCUGGAAAAGAAGAACUAUGUUAUGUUCUUAUGCUAGAAGGAGUUGAAAAAACAUUUACCAUAGAUAAAAAUGCUCAUGGAAUUCAUUUGUUCGAGAAAGUUUGUAAACAUUUAGAUCUACAAGAAACUGAAUAUUUUGGCUUAACAUAUCGAACUAGUUUACGAGUCGAUAAUUGGCUGAAACUUGAUAAACGUAUCGCUAAACAAGUCGAAAAAAUACCAUGGAAGUUGGAAUUCCGUGUUCGAUUCUACCCACCAAACAUUGAUGUAUUCAAAGAUGAUUUGACUCGGUAUUUUUUAUGCUUACAGUUAAGGCAAGACAUAAUCUCUGGACAGAUUCCAUGUUCGCACCAUACUUAUGUUGUUCUUGGCGCUUAUGUAGUUCAAUCAGAUGCUGGAGAUUAUGAUCCAAAUACACAUAUUGGAACAGAUUAUAUUGCCAAUAUUCCAUUCGCACCACAACAUUUGCAAACUACAAAAAUGCUUCAACAGAUUGUUGAAUUACACAAACUUCACAAAGGAGAGAGUUUAGUGCAGGCUGAUCGAGGAUUUUUAGAAAAUGCCAGAAGACUUUCACUAUAUGGAGUUGAGUUUCACAGGGCGAAGACGAUUGCGGGUGAAAGUAUAUGUUUAGGUGUAUAUCAUGGCGGAAUACUACUUUAUCAUGGGAUGUUAAGAGUUAAUCGGUUUUCGUGGCCUCAAAUUGUAAAAAUAUUGUACAAAUCAAAAAAUUUCAUUAUUGUCGUUAAAUCAAUUCAUAGGGAAACUUUAAGUAAACGUGGAACUCUAAGGAGAACAUUUUCACCAAGUGGUGUGAAGGGAUCCGAUAAAAAGUUCAAUGAUUCUGAGUUUAUUCAUGAUGUAACGCUGACUUUUCAGUGUACAGACUCCCGUUUGGCCAAAAGAUUAUGGGAUUCAUGUACUUCACAACAUGCGUUUUUCCGUUUACGUGAUACAUCAGGACCUCAAAGAUCGAAUCUUACAACUGCUUUUAGUAUGCGAAAAUACCACUUAACAAGUAAAUCGUUCGACGCAUAUUCAAGAGAACCUAGUUCAGAAUGGGUUCCAAGACAACAACCUCCAAUUAAACGCGUACAAACUCAAAGAAAGCCAGUCCAGUAUACUAAAUCACCUCCAGCUAGUCCAUCAAAUCAACAACAUCAAGUGUCUACUAGUGUCGCACCAGUUGCUUACGGAGAAGAACCUGAUCAGUACUAUUUAAUGCCAGGAACACCCUCUCCGUUACCAGCUAAUUCAGUGAAUAUUGAUGUUUUACAAAACUUACCACCAGCUUAUCGUAAACCAGGUCCGAUUCGAGUACCUUUACCAGAAGAUCAUUGGCAAAUGUCAGCAGCUGAUUGCACACAAGGGUUAGGAAGAAAUAUUGAUGGAACAGAUAUAGCAGCAAUGCCAGAAACGGAUUGGCAGGGAUGUCGUACAAAUUGGGGUUUGAAAGGCCCAGGCGCUUAUUACUACGAAGCGUGUAUGCUUGAAGAAGGUCAAGUACGUUUGGGUUGGUCAACAAAUGAUGCCAGCCUAGUGCUUGGAACAGAUUCCAAAGGUUUUGGUUAUGGAGCCGAUAGAACAGGUAUAGGAUCAGCUGAUCAACCUAACCCUGUAGGCAAGUUUAUCUAUGCAAAUAAUUCAGUGGAUUAUGGAAUGCCGAUUGUACCAGGCGAUGUAGUUGGAUGUUAUUUAGAAUUAGGUCCGAUCGAUAAUAAAAAUAAUCGAAAAAUCGAUGUACAUUAUAGCUAUAAUGGCCAGAUAUUAGAAGCUCCUAAUUUUAAACUUGAUGAAUCAUUAACACCAGAUACUGCACUUUUCCCUGCCGUAUCACUUAAAAAUGCUAGAGUUGAAUUAAACUUUGGUGACAAGCCAUUCAACUUCCCACCCAAGACCACUCCUUCGACUAGUAAACAUUGGAUAGCAGUAUCAUACGCACCCAGUUCCUCAGUUGUAUGUAAUCGGAAUGUUGGUUGGCGUGUAAAUCCAAAUGAUGUAACAUCAAGUACAAAUUUAUUAGUUUCCCCUAAUGGUCGAUUCGUACAAGCUGUAGAAAAUACUGGUUGGCAAGGCUUUAGAGUGAACAAAGGAAUAUUUGGUGACAGAGCUUAUUACUAUGAAGUGAGAAUUGUUGAAGACUCAGGAUUAGCACGUGUUGGUUGGUCAUUUGAAAAUGGAUCAUUAGAUCUUGGUGUGGACUGUUUUGGUUUCGGAUAUGGAGCUGAUCGAGAUGGUUUUGGCAUAAAUGGAAUACAAGGGAAAAAAUUGCAUGGAGAUAUCAUUGAAAAUUAUGGUGAUGCUUUCCGUAAAGAUGACGUAAUCGGUUGUUUCCUGGAUUUGGGCAAUGGAAUAAUACAAUGGUCAAAAAAUAAUCGCCUAUUUGGUCCAGCUUAUGAAAUUGACAAAAAAUUAUUAAAAAGCAACGCACCAAUCUAUCCUGCAGCUUCUUUGGUCGAUACUACAUUGGAAUUAAACUAUGGUGACUUACCGUUUAAAUAUCCACCGGAAGACGAUUGGACUCCAUUAUUUGCUGCUUCAGACGAAUACGUAUACGAAUCACCGAAAUGGCCUGGUUCGAAUGAGGUCAAACAUAACGGUCAUUCAAAACAUUAUUUAAUUACUCACGAUACAAAGACAGAAGCAGAUAGUGAACAUCAGAAAAAAGUAAAUCCAAGCUCAGUGAAUGACAUGUAUGGUAAAGCUACAAUCAUAAAUAAUAAUUUCAACGCUAACAAUGUAAGAAGUAGCACUCCAAAUAAAUUGGAAGAUGUUCCUGUUGAAUCCAUAUGUGUAGAAUCCCCUUCAUCAAGUGAUCAGCAAGAAGAUGAAGUAAGAAUGUUCCUGGAAACUUGCGAGCCAAUCACUGAAAGUCAUUUUGAUCCAUUAUAUCAAACUUAUAUGAAUCAACCGGCAACGGAGCGAUCUGAGUCACAAGUGAAAUCAAAACCCAAUGGAACAUAUCAUCGUAAUUCUAUAUCUCAUUUUCAUGCUGAUAUUAUUACUCCCAUAUGCGUUAAUGCUGAAUCCCAUCAACGUCCUACAGCAUUGAUAGACUGUGAUCUCGCAUUAGAACAAGCUAUUCUACAAACUACACAUUUAAAUCCACAUACAUCAGUUCUAUCAAAUACACUGGAUGCGUGCACAAAUAAUAAUAAUAAUAAUAAUAGUAACAGUAAUAAUAAAUAAUAGUGAUCAUUGAAAUAAACUAACAAAUAAAUGUCGAAAACCACUUCCACCACCAUUCCAAUACAUCAAGUUAAAUGAAAUAAACACAAUUUGUUUUAUUCAGCAAUUAUCAAGUGAAACAAUAUAUGAUUGAAAAACAAUUUUUUUUAUUUUUUUAUGAAAAACAUUUUCUUUAGUUUGUUGAAAUUACAAUGAUGAUGUAAUAUUCAUAUGAAAUGCCUUAUUAAAUAAACAUAUAUGUUGAUAUUUUUUGAAAAAAAAUCUAAUUCUUUGUUUAUUUUUCACGUUUCAAUGCUAUAUGAUACAAAUGUAACAAAACUAAAACAACGAAUCAGUAAUUUUGAAUGAAUCAAUAUCCGCUAGUUUAUUAAAAGAAAUUUUUUCCCCACAAUUUCAAACUGCUGAUCUGUAUACAAUGAAUAAAGAUGAUUACUGUUUUCAUUUCUAUUAUGAUGUAUGAAUUUUGUUUAUAAUAAUGACCACUUAAUUGUCAUUUUGUCUAUUAACCACCUAAUACUCUAUGAUUACUUUGUUUAAUGUUUUUAAAUCGACUAGGUUGAUUUUCAGAAAUCAGUAUAUCAUAAUCAUGUAUUUCCUUUAUACUGGGACUCUGUUAUUUUUAUGAUUGAUUGAAAGUUUCAACAUUGAAAACAUUUCCAAUUAUUACCGUGAAUAUUUAGGUUGCAAGUAAUGAAGUCGUUUUUUUUAUACAUCUCUUCAAUUUACAUAUCCAAAAUAAUGGCGCCUCUUGUAGAAACAAAAAAUAAGACGACACUGGAUUGCACAAUAACAACAUGUCUCCUGAAAAACAUCUUUUUUUUCAGUAGUCAUUUUUGUUGUUGUUGUUGUUGUUAUAAAAGCAUGUGAAAUUUGUAUGUGGAAGGAUCCAACUAUGUAUAAACGAUAAAUUCCAGUUAUUUGGGGGAAUUCUGUUCCCACUUUGAACUCUUUGAUAUGUUUAGUUUAAUUUUUUAAAAAACAGACAUAUUUCUACAAGUCUAUCGCUACACCUUUUUAUAACCAUUCAUUGUUUCACUUUACUUUUACUAAAAUGUGUGCUUAUCAUUACUUCUUUUUUUCAUUAAGAUAGUACAGUUAUUUUUAUUUUGUUCAAUCAUUUCAUGUUUAUGAACUGUAAUCAAGUUUUUGACAAGAAAACAAAAAAACCAUUUGAAUACAACGCUUUUUUUUCGAUCUUUUUAAUUUUAAUUUCGUGAAUUCACUUGUUUAUCGACAUUUUUAAUUUUAUACGAUUAUAAAUUUUUGCUUCAGGUUUUUUACCUUUAGAUCAAUAAGAAAUCAAUGUUAACGAUAUUAACAAUAAAAGUUAUUAGUAAUGAAA